AUGCCUCCCAAGCAAAAUACAACGCCGGACCAAGCAGCGCCGCCAAGGAAACCUACGAAUUUGACGGCUCUUACUCUACCUUUUGCCUUGGUCCUGUUGGCCGCAGCUGCCUCGACAGUAUCUCAGUUGACUCUAGCUCCAGUCUACGGCUCGAUUCCUUCAGCGGUAAAUCACAGAACAGCAAUUCUCGUUUCAUUUGCGUUUGGAGCCGGUCUGCAAGGGUAUACGAUCUCCAAGGACUUCGGAAGCGUCUUAAGAUGGCUGGCAGUGUGGUCGUGCUACGUUCCGGUCCUACAGACACUGCUUCUGCCAUUUAGUGGAAGGUUGGGACCAGUCUGGGGCCCUGCACUGAAUGGAAUCCUGAGCUGCCAUACAGUCCUUGUGCCAUGCGCAUAUGCCGUGGCUGCAGCACUUGAUGGAGCUUAUGCCGAGUACUAUGGCGGCAAUGCCAGAUUCGAUGGAUGGCGCAGAUGGCUUGUUUUCAUCGUUGUCGGACUUAUGUUCAUUGAGAAUGAGAAGAGAACGUCAGGCCAGCUCACCUGGAUCUUCUCUCUGCAGCCAAGAGCCUCCCCAGUACGAUUGCAACUCUUCGGAGCAGCGAGCUUCGCACUGAUCUCCUUUGUAUCAUCGGACAAGCUCCCUUCAUUCCGCGAUGUGUCAUUACUAUUCCUGGCCACUCCCGCUAUUCUGCACGCUGUCUUCUUGAACCCACAAGUCGGGCUUUACGCUCACCCGAAUGAUGCACUCGCCACCCACAAUUGGACUCUAAUGGAUCGAGCAUGGUCGAACACAGGAUACAUUUCCGUCCUUGAAAGCCAGGAGAACAAAUAUAGAAUCCUACGCUGCGACCACUCCCUUCUCGGCGGCGAAUGGCUCCUCACCCCAGAACGCGCAAGCAAAGAAGGCUGGCGGGUCAAUGAGCCUAUCUACUCAGCCUUCGAAAUGCUUGAAGCAGUACGCUUAAUGCAACCUGCAACGCAUGAAACCGCCGUGCCAGACACGUCAGCCGAAGCCCUCGUCAUAGGGCUCGGCAUUGGAACAGCGCCCAAGGCCAUGCUCGGACAUGGAAUCCAUACGACGAUCGUCGAGCUUGACCCUGUCGUGCAUCGAUUCGCAACCGAAUACUUUGAUCUACCCUCAAAUCACACCUCAGUCCUGCGCGACGCAGUCAAGUGGGUCGCCGAGCAGGCAGCAAACAUCAAAAACGACCCGGACGAAAAGAGAUACGACUACAUCAUCCACGAUGUGUUCACAGGUGGCGCGGAGCCUCUCGCUCUCUUCAAUACGAAGUUUCUACGCAACUUGCGUACAUUGCUCAAGCCCAAAACGGGCCGCAUGGCCAUCAACUAUGCAGGAGAUCUAUCCUUGCCGUUAACGCGUCUGGUCCUGAACACCAUCGCGAACGCCUUUCGUGCAACGCCAAACCAAUGCAAGAUUUUCCGUGAUGCUCCGCCUGGAAAACACUCCAAUAGCAAAAUCGCUCAAGACCAGGAUUUCUUGAAUAUGGUCGUCUUCUGCCGUAAUAGUGAUGACAAUGAGAGUAACGCGAAUGCAGGCGCCCCUCCUAUCUCUUUUCGAGCACCAACUGAAAAGGACUUCUUGGGGAGCUUGAGUAGGCAGCAUUAUUUACUACCGAGACCUGAGAUGGAGAUCCCGUUCCCGAGUGUGGAUCCUACAGCAAAGCAAUUGCUGGAGCCGGGAGACGAGGUUACGUGGGCAAGUGUGCAAGCCGAGAGCGCUCAACGACAUUGGCACAUCAUGCGCAAGGUGCUUCCGGAUGCGGUGUGGGAGUUAUGGUAGUACAUAGUGCGGGAUGGUAGGACUCGCCAGCGUCUCUAUCAAUCUGGGCUCCACAGUGCCAAAGAUACGGUUCGAUAAGCUAGACUCGCAAGUUUGUACGAGUAUGUAUAACGCAAACAAUCCCCAAGUCAUGCUCAGAUCAUGUCCACCUAGCUGCCGGUCUUCAGGAAUUUGUGGCCUUUCUUCUCAGGUGGUUUGUGGUUGUG